UCGUUUGCAGUAUACAAACCGUAGAGACACGGCGCGGCGCGCACAUCGUCGACACCAGUCACUAGUACUCGCACCGUACUCGCGUUAACGUGUAUUUUUAUUCUCUUAAAAAUUAAAAACGAUUCGGAAAUACAAUAAUAAUAUAGACACAGAUAUCGCAUGCGAUAACGAACGACAACGAAGAUAAUAACGGUGAGAUUAAAUUAAAUCGAUCUCGAUGGCCGCGAUUAUUACUAUCAAUACAACGAAUCGGGCGGGAAGUGAGUAAAGAAUGUUCAAAAGUUUUGGUAAAGAAGAAAACUUGGGGGUUAUUGACGGAAUUAAGGGUCAUCAAAGAAUAAUAAUGUAUCCAGAAUACAGACCAAAACUGCUAACAAAAGUCCCUCACGUACAAAAAGCCAUCGACCAUUACAACAGCGUAUCGACAAUAGACGAUGAUUUUCGCGCAUACGAAAAUUAUACGUUUGUUAACGAUAACAACGGGGGCGGUGGCAUUAAUGGGGGCGGCGAACAUUACGAAAGUAACGUGAGCACCAUGUCCAGUACAAAACCAUUGAACGGCGGAGCUACCGGGACAAUUACUUCGAAUAUUCUACCACCAUUAUCCGCGGAUUUCUACAGAACCGACGACAUUUACGAUUAUUCAACGAUAAAAUCGAGCGAGGGAAAAUCUGGAUCUUACGCGGACGUCAGUCCAAGGGCUUCUAACAGCAAAUUAGCAGUCAGACCAAAACUCAAAGACAAAUGCACAACAUGUUUAGGAUACAUCGAAACGGGUUUAUGUAUAAUAUCAUUGGCGUGCGGCUUAGGAAAUAUCUUCUAUUUACCCCAAGGUGUCCUUUUAAACGGCGGAUUGCCCUUCCUCAUAGCUUACCUCAUCCUUGCAGUCCUCGUAGGGCUUCCUUUACUCACACUCGAAAUUGGAUUGGGUCAGAUCGUUCAGGAGGGCUUCACGAAGACCUGGAGGGCUGUACCAUUUUUUAGGGGUGUGGCCUAUAUUAAAGUAAUGAUUGGAUGUCUUUUAACUUUAUCGUAUUUUAUUUAUACGGGAUUGUCCGUGUAUUAUAUUGUAUGGUACACUCAAGGAGCUCCACCGUUUAAAGAAUGCCGAGUUUUACGAAUGGAUGAUAAGGAUGGAUACGAAACUAUAGGAAUAUCAGGACAAGAAUGUAUAAAAGAUAAAACGUUUUUAAAAAAUCCUUUCGAUGAUCCUAAAUGGUACGGAAUUUUCGUAGCUAUUUUAUUUUGCCUCUUCUUAAUAACAACAAUUUGGUUAUUGAAACGAACAAGAUCUUAUGCGAUAUCAUUACAAAUAUAUCUUUUACUGACGUUUGGGUGUUUAAUCGCUUUGGUGGUUAAAGCAGCCCAAUUUGAAGCAGUUCCCGGAAUUAUCGACUUUGGAACUAACAUUGAUUGGAGUGUAUUAACAAAUGCGGAUGUAUGGUAUCAUGCAGCAAUUCAAGUUUUUUUAUCAACAAAUAUCGGAUUUGGGGUUUUUGUAACGAAUGCAGGGAUUAUUUUAAAGAAAGUUAAUCCAAUUUGGACCGCUUUUGGAUAUAUCUUAAUUAACAUGAUAAUUGGAGUUGCCGUCGUUCUUCUCAUCUACGCUUACAAUAUAAAUCAAGAAAUAAAGAGUAGUGAUAUAAUUCAAAUCCAUUUACUUACUUUAAUUUACAACAAAACACAAAAUAGCGAUACUGAAAUGGCUUGGUCUUUAAUAGCCUAUUUUCUUAUUGCAUUUUCUGGAUUAAUUAGUGUGACCGCUUUACUCUACACGAUUUACAAAGCGAUCUCUUUAGAAACAAGAAAACGUUGGUUAACCGUUACUUUAAUCUCUGGCCUAAUUGGUUUUAUUUUGUGCUGUUUAAUCCUGUUAAGUCCACAAUUAAACAUACUUCAUCUUUUUGAUCAUUACAUUAUUGGAAAUUUAAUUCUUAUUAUUGUGGUUAUUGAUAUACUCUCAAUGAUGUCUUUUUAUGGAUGUCAACGAUUACAAUCAGAUUUUGAAUUCAUCGUUGGAAAUAAAAUCCCAAACUUUUUUAUCGGUUUAUGGUGGAUUUGUCCAUUUUUGCUACUCGGAAUUUUAAUUUGGAGUUUAUCCACUUUAAACUUAAACGGUUAUACUUUAUUAAACGGAGAAACUUUGAUUGAUCCGAUUUGGUUAUACGCAACGGGAUGGUCAAUUGUUUUACUUUCAAUCAUUUUUAUAAUUGCAAUAGGAAUUUUCCACGCAUCAAGACAAGAUGAAUAUUAUUCUAAUUUAGAUAAAUUCAAAGCGUCUUUUAAAUUUUCAACGAAAUGGGGCCCAACUGAUCCGAUAAUGUUGUAUAAUUACGUGCAGUGGCAUAGUAAAGCAAAAGACGGCGAAAGAGACUUCACGUUGCGCCGAAGGGGAACUAGAGAUUACACACAUUCAGUUAAAAAUCGUUCUAAAUACGAUGUUAAGAAAUAUGUUACCAACACCAGUGAUUCAUCGAUGAAUACCGAUUCAAUAGCGUUCCGAAAAAGCGAUCAAAAUCAAAACAAUUUGAGUUUGAUGAAUUUAAAAAAUUUCGGGGAAUCAAAACCGUCUAGAAUUACUUCUUUGGUAGACGUUUUAGAACCGAAUCCGAUUAAUAACACUGCUCAAAGAUCUUCAUCGGGAAAUAGAAACGACGAUGGUGGUCAAUCUGAAGGAUAUGGAACGUUUAGGAAUGGUCCAUACAUCAUUGGAUCUGAUGAAGCUGGUCAUGUUUGUCAUCGAAAAGAUAAUAAAUCUUAUUUCGAGGAAGCAACGGUGUUGUAAAAAACGACUGAUAAUUGAAUAUGAUUUGUAAAUAGUGUGUUAUUUGUAAAUAAUAUGUUCAUCCUUAUUUAUUAUCGCAUAUUUUGACUAUAUUUUUUCCAAAUAAUUACUUUCUCUUUUUUAUAGACUGGUUUGUAUAUUUACUUGUUAUUUAAAUAAAAAUAUUUAAACAAAAAA